UCUAGCAAAAAAAACGACUACAUCCGCAACGAUCGCCGCAACACCAACAACUGACCAUCUCACCAAUCGAGCAGCAUUCGGUGAUCCAGUCGUCUCGGAUCAGUGCCCGUGAGAAGUGCGCCACGCGUAUGCCGAAGUCGUGCGUGAAAAUCGGUUACACCGUCGCGCGCGCCAACAGAACAGAACCUAAAUCUGCGUUUCACGAGAGAUCUGGAAACCUGCUGGCGAUUCACUGCUCCAGAUGCCGGUCGCGCCGCGAUUGCAAAGUGUAAUUUUGGACGAUUGAUUCACCGAUUUGUUUGCUAGUUAACCAGUGCGGCCAUAAGUGUCAGAGGAGGGAGGGUUUAUGUGAUGUUUGGGUAACGCAAUUCGAGCCACGGUGCUAAAAAUAAUCCAACCAAUCGGAAAAUUAUAAAUUCAAACCGCACAAUGUGAAACAAAAGUGGUCGCUAAUUGGAAAAUUUGGGUUUAAGUGCUGGGCCGGGAGGUGGGCCAAAUCGUAAGUUUAAAUUAGGCAAACGUGAAACAAAGGAGGAAAAAUAUUCAAAGUGAGUGAGUGAGUGGAUGAAAGCCGUGGAAAAGCCGCCAGCAGCGCAGCGGUUGGAAAAAUGAUUUGUGAUAUUGCUGUGACUGGUUCGCCACCGUCUGAUGGAAUGCUGGGAUAUAUUGUUCUCGUUGGGGGUGACAGCGGUGGCGGCCUCGGGCCAGAACAAAUGGUGGACAUUUGCCAUUUAAAUUUGUCCAGUCUGGUUGUGAAUGCGCUGGCUCUGGGCGGAAUUCUCGGGGCCCUAAUUUACGCCAGCUGGAACUUUGCGGGCAAGCGUCAUAAUCUGCUGGCUUUGCAUAAUUUGCGGUUAACGCUCGUACUGGCAUCAAUUCUGGUCGGCAUCUGUGAGGUGGCCCAACAUAGUGUGAUCAUUCAUCAUCUCGGUCAACUGGAUGCGGCGGAACCUUUAAACGGCGUGGCUGACGGUGGUGGUAGAGGUGGCAGUGCCCAGAGGCCUCCUAAUGAUGGUGCCGGCGGUCUGGAGGGUUUGCAAGAUGGACUUCUCGAAGCAGAAUGGAACAAUGAUGCACACCAGCAUGAAGAUCUAAAUUAUGGGGUGUCUAUGGAAACGGCUGUUAUGGGGCUGUGUUCUGGCUGCCUAGGAAUUGUAUCAAUUGCGGUUGGAGCAGUAUUCAUACGGAUGGUGGAGCUUAAAGAUGAAUGCGGACUAUUAUAUAUCAUCAUGGCGGUUCAAGGCGCUCAGUGCAUUGUGAAGUGGUGCCAAUUUGAAUACAUCUACGGUGUCACGAACAGCGUGACAGCACUGUCCAGCUCGUUGACCCUUGGCUCGUCGCUGGUGCUGGCAGCACUUGCCAUCGCAGAUGGGAUUACGUUGUAUCGAGAGCGAAACUCUUCCGGUCGACGGCACAUAUCGUCGAUAAUGUCAAAAGAUACAGCGACAGCACCGACAGCAGCGGCGGCGGGUAAGGGCUACAAGUCCUCUUCGGUUCCGUUUCUAUCGCGGAUCACUUUCUGGUGGAUUACACCGCUACUGUGGCGGGGCUUCGUCGAACCGUUGGAGCUGGAAAAUCUUGGAAAACUCCCCGAAGGGGACACCGCUCGGUUCCAUUACGAUCAGUUUCUAUCCAUUUAUCAGCGCUUCAAGGCGUCGACCCACGCCCUGUGGCGUUGCUACGUGCUCAACUGCUGGCGAAUGUUUCUGGCCGGUGGCGUAUUUAAGCUGCUGGGCGAUCUUUGCGCUCUGGUGGGACCACUUUGCAUAUCCAAUAUCGUCGAUUACAUCGCAAAACCCGUGACAUCUUCAUCGUCGUCCCCGGCUGUGAUGACAGCGGGUGGACGAGGGACCGCGGGAAACGGUGUAAUUCCAAAGGAUGACUCUUCGCUACCGGCGAAGUUUAAUCUUGGGAAUCAAUCACUUUUGACAGAUGGCACCGUCGCGUCCGCAGUCAUGCUGGGCGUCGAGAAGGUUCAAUUGGGCCCGCUGACCUGGAGCGAGUUGCUAGCCAAUGGAUGGUUUGUCGCCGUGGUCGUCCUGGUGGCAUCGUUAGCGCAAGGAACGUUUUCCCAGGCCAGCACCCACAUUAUGGAUAUGGAGGGUAUCAAACUGAAGAAUGCCCUCCAGGGAUUAGUGUAUAGGAAAACUUUGCUGCUCAGUACAAGCUGUUUUCAUUCUGAAGGUGGCCACGAACCGCGAAAAGCAUCGGACCAGAAAACUGACGAUGAGAAUGUGGCUUCGAAUACUAAUAAAGGCGAGAUUGAUGAAACGACGGGCGGUACAGUUGCGCAAGUACCACCCAACUGUGCCCCACAUCCCGUGGCAUCAAACAUCGAUUCCACCCCACAUCGUCGUAUCACUACUGGCACUGACGUAAAUCUCCCCGAUUGUGAUGUCGAUGCCAAGGACAGCAACAGCAGAAGCAGCAGCAGCAGCAGAAGCAUCGGGAAUGCUUCCGCACCCGAAACAGAUGUUUUCACCGCAACACCAUCGGUAUUGCCACCGGAAUCGACGCUGCUACCCAGUCACCAUCACCGGAACCACCGACAGGAGAAACAGUGCACAACGGAAAAGUCGAAACCAAAGAUAAAACAUGAAAUACCUGAUGCCAUCGAUGAUGCCGCCGCCGAUGAUCAGCAACAGUUUGACAGCGGUUCUGGUGCAUCGCAGCAGUAUCGUCCUUCCCGGGCACUGGCGCUAAGGAUGCGUAUACGCGAUCUUUUCGUGGGCUGCCUUCAAAGGCCAGUGGAUGCCGUUGCAUCGGAAGCCGCAAACCAAAAACAGGAACAACCAGAACAGGACGACGACCGAACUCGGGGGAAGAAACCCGGCAAGGGCGCGGCUACGGAUAAUCGUCACCGUCAGGGUCGUGGCAAUGGCGAUGGUGGUAAUUCUGCAGCGACCGAUGCCGGUACCAUAACAAAUUUAAUGUCCGACGAUGCCUUUAACGUGAUGGCAUUUGUGAAGAUUGCACACUACGUGUGGGCCAUCCCACUGAAGAUUGGCGUUGUGAUGUAUCUUUUAUAUCGCCUCCUGGGUGUCAGCACUAUUAUCGGAUCAUUCGUUUGCAUCGUCACGAUGACUCCUCUUCAAUUUGUUAUUGGAAAAUUCAUGUCAGCCAACUCCAAGAAAACUUCGGAAUGCACGGACGAGCGGCUCCGACGGAUCAAUGAAGUAUUGCUGGGAAUAAAAUUAAUUAAACUCAGUGCCUGGGAGGGGGUGUUCCGGGAGAAGAUUGCCAAAGCCCGUCGCAAGGAGCUUAAGCAUCUGGAUUGGGACUCGUGCUAUUGGACAAUGAUGAUGCUGCUCACGCAUAUAUCCUCGGUGUUGAUAACGUUCGUGACGGUGGCCGUUUUCAUCCACCUGGAGCACGACGGCACGACUUCAGCGAACAACGACGACGACACCCCGCACGGAGGCAGGAUCGAAUUUACCGCUGCCCGUUUGUUUGCCUCGUUGGCACUGUUUAAUCAACUGACGGUGCCACUGUUUAUCUUUCCAAUCACGAUUCCGAUUAUCCUAUCGGCGGUGGUGAGCACCGGGCGUCUGGAGGUGUUUCUUCGCCGGCCGGAAGUACGAACGACGGUCGUGGCUAGGAGACGAGCGUCUCCCGGUCGUCCGUCGUCGUCGUUGUCGCGGGAUGAGGUUAGCCGGGGAAAUGGUGGACGACGGAAACUGAGCCAAAGAGAAGAACCACUGGAUAAAGUGACCGUAAUCCACGACCGAGAGGAUAAUGCCGAUGCCGAUGCCGACAGGUUUUUAAAGGAUAUGGUGUUGGAAGAGGAAGACGAAGAGGACACCAAGUGGGAGCAGGAAGGUGCACUACACUUCGAGUGCUUUGAUUUGCCGGAAUGUGCAACCAUCCAGCCUGACAAUACACCGAAUGUUCAAAAUGAAUGUUCGGAAUCAUCCGAGUGGGAAAGUGAAAUUGAGCAAGAUGAGCAAUUACGGGGAACCGAAUUACGAACUCCUGCCGGCGCUGGUGCAGUUUCAACAGGUACGCCGUCGUCAUUUAUAUACGCCGGUGUCUCUUCCACGAACCGGCUGGAGCCCAAGCAUGAAAAUUCACAGACAAUUACCGGUGACGCUGAUGAUAACUCUGAAAUGAACCGCAGAGUAAAUUCACAAACCAAGGUUCCUCGAACCUCGAAUAACAAUCAAUUGUUUACCUGUGCUCGAUUAAGGGAAAACCGCCUGCGACGAAAAUCGCAUCAUAGGCAGUUGGUAGCCAAUAAUGGCCCGAGAUACGAACCGGUAUCCGUGAACGACGACGACAUCGAUGAUGAAGAGCAAGCCAGCCGUUGUGCUCAGGUCGUUACGGUACGAGAUGGCCGUUUCCAGUGGGGUUGCAACAAUGACCAGAGUGAAAAUUCCCAAAACUCUGCAAGCGUGCUUCAAAUUAACCGACUCGAUAUUCCCAAAGGAAAACUCACCAUCGUUGUGGGCCGCAGUGGCAGUGGUAAAUCAUCAUUACUGGCGGCUUUGCUGAGGGAGAUAAAUCAUUUGUCCGGAGAAGUGAUUUGGAGUCAAUAUUCAACAAUUGCCUACGUCCCCCAACGGCCCUGGCUGCUGAAUGCCAACGUGCGAGAAAACAUCCUGUUCGGAGAACCGUUCCGACCGAAGCGCUACAACCGGGUGCUGAGAGCCUGUGCACUCAAGCCCGAUAUCGAACUGAUGCCGGAUGGCGAUAUGAGCGAGAUUGGCGAACGGGGAAUUAAGCUAUCCGGAGGUCAACGCCAGCGGAUUGCGAUUGCCAGGGCACUCUACUCGCCGGCCAGCGUGGUCAUUAUGGACAAUCCACUUUCAUCGCUGGACAACGAGGUCGCCAAGUAUGUGUUUGACCAUGGGAUUCGCCGGAUGCUGACCCGACAGAAGCGAACGGUCGUGAUGGUGACACAGAUGCUGCCGCUGGUCUACAGUGCCGACAAUAUAAUUGCAAUGGAGAUUUUCGCCGUGGAAGCAACAGGUACGCUAUCAGAAAUCGAAAACAAUUAUUCACACAUUCUGCGGAAGUGGAAUGCAAUUAUCGCCAAGGAGCAGCAGUCCAAGGAGACGCAAUUAAGUCCUGGAAGAACAGCCCGGGAGCGAUGGAAGCUGUUUAAAAAUGUGUCCAGAAUAAGUUUUUUGAGAAGUCAUGCUACUGAGGAGUAUUACGAGCCUCCGGACGCGCCAUUGCUCUAUCGACCGAGCGCCAUGCAGCGGCACAGCAGCGGCAGCAGCAGCUUAUUUGGAUCACGUUUUCACACACACGAUUUGCCACUUCCCAUCGACGAGUGCUGCCACGGUGAGAAUGUCCGAUUGCGGCGUCACUACUCGAAAAGGUACCGGAGUAGCGGCGGCGGUGGCGGCGGCGAAAGUAACCGAGUGGUGCGGGGGUUCAGCGAUGGAGUUGCAGCGGUGGCCAUGGCGGAGAAGUCCCAAUCGGCGGAGCGUGAUGCAUUAGGCAACAAUAUCGUUCGCUCCCGGUCCCUCCAAACAAAGCGUGACAUCAGCAGUCCCAACCGUAUUGUCGAUGGUCGAUUGCUCCCAGCAUGCAGCGCAAAUCCCUCGCACCGGUCACCCACCGAACUGGACCAUCCCAGUCCAUUGGAUUCAGCCUCAGCGGCGGUGGUUGCAACCGGCGACAAACCUGGCUUCGAAAGGUUCCGUUACAGUUCCGACACUUGUGAAGAUUUGCACAAAUUUGGCUUUCGGCAAUUUCUUCGCCGAAUGAGCACCAUCGGACGUGCCGGACGCCAUCGUCGUCGGUCUCGGGAAGGGUCUGUGCAUCGGCAGCGGCGGCGGAUCUUAUCCAGCUCCGUGAUAAGUCCAGCGAAGGAAAACGAUGCUGACCUUGGCCGAAGUCCAUUGCAGCCCAAUCAACCACUUCAGGGUAUGCACAACCCACUGAAGAGACUAUUCUCGAAUGUUUCGCGGUACAGCGAGGAAACCGACGAAGAUUCCUGGGAAGAGUACAACAAUGGCGAACAAGUCUCCAAUCGACUGAUCUACGACGAAGAGCGCAAAUAUGGCAAGAUUCCAGCUCGGAUGUACUGGCUGUACUUGAAAUCAUGCGGAAUGGACAUUGUGACCACGUUCUUCCUGAGUGCCCUGGCCCAGCAAGGGCUGCGUGUGUACACUGAUUUCUGGCUCCAGAGCUGGACCGAGCGAACCCAGCAGCAGCAGCAGUUGCAAUCAUACGACACUAAUAGGGUUGAUCCAACCGACGAUGUCGAAUACAACUUCCGGGUGUAUGCGGUGCUGUCGGUCAUUUGCAUCCUCCUGUCUGCGGUGUGUUUCCCUGCCGGGCAGAAGGCAGGCAGCAAUGCCCGAAGGCGACUGCACCAGCAGCUGAUUGCGGCGGUCCUGAAGAAUCCAAUCCAUUUCUUCCAAACGGUUCCUCUCGGGCGCAUCAUGAACAGACUGAGCAUUGACGUCUCCGUCGUGGACAAGAAAAUCGCUGCAACAAGUCAAAAGCUGCUGCAGUUUAUCCUAUUGUGCCUUUGUGCCGUGCUCAUAAAUAGUGUCGUAACGCCGUAUUUCAUCCUGUUAACAAUACCAAUUUGUGGCAUUUACUACGUCGUGCAGAAGUUUUACCGGUGCUCCUCCAGAGAACUUCAACGCAUCGAAAGCAUCACCUACUCGCCCAUAAUUUCGCACUUCUCGGAAACCAUCGACGGCGUAACAACGAUUCGAGCGUACCAGCAGGAGUCGCGCUUCACCGAGACCCUCUUCCGGCGCAUGGAGGCCAACAACGUGGCCCAGGUCAUACUCAACUGUAGCAACCGUUGGCUGGGCAUCGCGCUGGACUAUCUGGGGGCGAUAAUUGUGUUCGUUGCCAUCCUGAGUGCACUGAUAACGGCCAGUCUGAGCCCGGAAUCGACCAGCUCGUCCCUCAUCGGUCUGGCCAUCAACUAUGCAUUGCUGGUUCCAAUCUACCUGAACUGGGUCGUCAAAUUGGCCGCCGAAAUGGAGAUGUACAUCGGGGCAGUCGAGCGGAUACAGUUCUACAUCGACAGUAGCCAGGAGCGAACCCGGGAAAGAAACAAACGGAAAUAUAAACCGGUCCCGAUUUCGUGGCCCCAGAAGGGAGACAUCGUGUUCGAGAACGUUUCACUCCGGUACGAGAGUCAAAAGGAGAACGUAAUCACAAAUUUGAAUUUGACUAUCCCGGCUGGACAGAGGAUUGGCAUAUGCGGUCGGACCGGCAGCGGUAAAUCCUCGCUGGCGCUGGCCCUGUUCGGUGUGCUGGACAUCGUCGGUGGGCGGAUAUUGAUCGACGACGUGGACAUCGGUACCAUACACAGCGAUGAAUUACGCUGUCGACUCUCCAUCAUUCCGCAGGAUGCGAUGCUGUUCGGUGGAACGUUGCGGGAAAAUCUGGACCCGCGGGGGCACUUUAGCGAUUUGGACCUGUGGAACAGUCUGGAGAUGGCACAACUGAAGGACAUCGUGGUGGCGCUGCCGGAUGGGCUGGACACCAGGAUAGGCGAAGAAUCGUCCACUUUCAGUGCUGGCCAGAGGCAAUUGUUCUGUCUGGCGCGGUCCGUGCUACGCGGGUCAGUUUGUCUGGUACUGGACGAAGCCACUUCGUCGUUGGAUACGGAAACGGAGAAACUGAUUCUGGAUGCGGCCGGAAAAGCCUUCAAAGGACGGACGGUGCUCACUAUUGCGCAUCGAUUGCACUCGUUGUUCGAUUACGACCGGGUCAUCGUUCUGGAGCACGGUAGAAUCAUCGAAGACGGUUGCCCUCGGGUUCUACGGAGAAAACUGGACUCCAAGUUUGCCACCAUGCUAAAAGCGUCCUCAACCGAGCAGCAUCACAAACAAUCAGUGGAAUCGGAACUUCGCCAGAAGCAGCAACAGCAGCACAAAACAUCUGUUUGUGAAGAAGAGCAGUGUGAUGAGGGCGAAACAAGUGUUUAGUUGUCGUGCUCGAAGCUGUGUUCAUGUGAAUUAGAGAGUAAAGCAAAAUACCCUGUGCCUUGAUGUCUUCCUUUAACGACUAGUGGAAUUAUUUUAAAAGUAAAUC